GGGGUGCACCGCAAAUUUCUAUAUGCCUGUAUGUCAAUUUCAAGAGUCAGAUUGCGUUUCCCGUGUGUGGCUGUCAGCAGCAACAAGACUCAGUGGACGUCCACAAGCCUCGAUUUGGGAUUUGUACUUGAUCAGAUGAGACGCGCGUCUACCUGCUCACACUGAACCCCAUUCUUUCUUUUUUUCUUUUUUCUUUCUGCUAUUUUGGAUACUUCUGCCACUUAAAACGCAUCCACACACUUGAGUCUCGUGGUAUUUCUCGCUUUUGAAGUGAGUGUAAUAAACAGCACGCCUGAGGGGGAAGACUCACCACAAAACUUUGCACUUUGGAGUUACAUCUUUGCAGCGCACAUCGCGGUGACUUCAUGUGGUUUCUCAUCUGACAGAAGCGGAUCUUUUUUUUCUUCUUUGGGGAAACUUACAGAAGGCGUUUUUGGGGGAAACAUGUCCAGCAAGUGCUCCGCUGUGUUAUUGAAUGUGCUUUUUCUGGUGCGGGCGCUCUCGGCUCAUGAGUGCACGCCGUGUAAUCUCCGGACUUGUCCCGCCAAAGCCCCGCACGGCUGUGAGGGUGGCCGGAUCCUGGCCAGGGAUCCGUGCGGAUGCUGUGACCAGUGUGCCCGGCUGGAGUGGGAGCCCUGCGGCGGACAGGACUGGGCGCACGGCUACUGCGCCUUGGGGCUGACGUGCGCCUCUUUCAAUACAACAGGAGCAGCCACAAUCCCUGAGAUUGGAGUGUGUAAAGUGCUCCCUGAGAAUCCAGAGGCAGGCCUGGAGGAUGAGCGCUGCCCCCUGAUGACAGGCUGCGACAGAGCUGGAGGUCAGUGCGUGUGUGAUGCCCGUCACUCCUGCUUGGGCACUUUCACCUAUCCAGACCAGGAAACCUGCAUGAAGGCCAGCAAGUCAGAGGGACGCAGGCACGAUCACCGGGAAAGGCACAGAGAGAAGUAUGUGGGACCAUCCAACCCGGCCUGCAUGUUCUCUGGGUGUAACCUGACCGCUGAGGGUUGUGUGUGUGAGUCUCAGAGCUGCCACCACCACUUUGCCUACAUCAACCGCAGCCAGUGCCAGGAAGCCGCAGAGGAGCUGAGGUGUGCUGGGGUGACGUGUCCUGCUCUGCAGGUGCCCUCCUGCCCCAAAGAUUCAGUCCUCACCAAGAGUUACACGCCCCCUGCUGGUUGCUGCCCCUCCAUACUGCCCCAGUGCACUUGUGACCUCCGUGCCUGCCACAAGCCCCAGUGCCCGAGCGGACAGCGCGCCGUGCCACUCAGCCAGGCCAGCGGUCAGCCAGGAGACUGCUGUGAUGUCUUUGAGUGCCAGAAAGUGUCUCCCAAAUGUGUCCACAAUGGGAAGGAGUUUUCCGAGGGAGAGGUGUACCGCAUGGACCCCUGCUGGCUGUGUCAGUGCCGCGGUGGAAUCUCAUUCUGCUCCAAGGCCGAGUGUGCUGAACUGGACUGUGAAAACUUCUACAUUCCUGAGGGCGAGUGUUGCCCUGUCUGCCUCGAUGUGGAGUUACUGUCCGUGGACAGCACCAAAGCCAGUUGCUGGGUGAAUAAUAAACUGCGAGCCCAUGAGGAGCAGUGGAAAGAGGACGACUGCACCUUCUGCCAGUGCGUGGAUGGAGAACCGCACUGCACUGCUAUGGCCUGCAAACAGAGCUGCCAAAACCCUGUCAAGAUCCCUGGGGAGUGCUGUCCCUUCUGUGAAGAGCCUUCUUAUGAAACCGUUAGCCCCAUGCUGUGCCCUCCGCUGGAAAACUGCUCCCUGUCCGGGAAUGACUGCCCCUACGGCUUCCAACAAGACAAAAAUGGAUGUCUGCUCUGCCAGUGUCUCAAUAAUGACUCCUGCCCUGACCUUGGAAAAUACUGUUCCUUGCAAUGCCCAAUGGGAUACGAGAGGGAUGAUUUUGGCUGUGAGGUGUGUGAGUGCAGCAUCCCCAUGCCCAAGUGCCGACCUCUGACCUGCACUAAGACCUGCCCUUAUGGAUAUGUGAGGAACAAGCAUGGCUGUGAGAUGUGCCGCUGUGUCAAGUGUCCUCCCUUCACCUGUGACAAGCACUGCAGCGAUGGCUAUCGGCAGAACAGGAAGGGCUGCUCCAUCUGCAUGUGUAAAGAAAGUGGCCACGUCCCAAGCACCACUGCCCCAUCACCAAUGCCCAACUAUUGCCUCACCUCCAACGGGCACCGAUACGAGGAAGGUGACGGCUGGCAUGACGGCUGCCGUGACUGCUAUUGCCACUCCGGACGGGAGAUGUGUGUGCUCAUAUCCUGCCCUGUGCCCAGCUGUUCUCAUCCAGUUGUGAGGCCUGACCAGUGUUGCCCUACGUGUGAGGAUGAGUCAGGCAGCGGUCAGCCAGAGGGGAUGGACAUGGUGGUGUGCAGAGCACCUGGGGGAGAAUUUUAUGUGGAGGGGGAGACCUGGAACCUGGACGAGUGCACACGCUGCACCUGUAGGAAGGGACGUGUCCUGUGUGACACUGAAGUGUGUCCCCCGGCUCUCUGUCAGACACCAAUCAGGAACAAGGACACCUGUUGCCACGUAUGCCCAGACGAGACGCUGAGCCCCUUGCUGCCGGUGAACAACAGCCAACAGGAGUACUGCAUAACCAACGAUGGAGACGUGCUGCUGGCAGGAGACUCUUGGAAAGCCAACGCCUGCACCAGCUGCACCUGCAACAACGGCACCAUUCAGUGUUUCUCUCAGCACUGUCCCGCUGCCAACUGCCGGGUGCCCGUCUUACGCAAGGGCCAGUGCUGCCCACACUGUCUCGAAAUUACAACAUCGGUGCCGGUGAUGGUGGCUACUAAUGCCCCCAAGAAAACAGUCACUAUUACAGUGGAGAGUGCAGUGUGGAUCACCACCGUCACUGUACCACCCAUCAUUGCUGAUACAGAUGAGCCAAGUUUAGGCGAGAAUUACCCCAGCCAAACAGAGAUGGCCCUCAUCUACCAAUCAGCAGCCUGGAUCCUUGCAGGUCUCCUCCUCGCCAUCAUCAUCUUCCUCAUCGUGGCGUUACUCGUCAACAAGAAAAAGAAGUGGGUGCAGAUGUCCUGCUACAGCGCACCAAAGAAGACGGUGAUCCUAAAGAAGCACGUAAACAAGAACUCGGUGGUCUACAUGGAGCCCUCCAAGGAGAACAAGUUUCAGAAUGUGAAGAACGACUGCGGCAUCAUCCAUUUCUCUCCAGAAAUGAGUUCCACCUGCGUGGACAAGAUGACCAUCCCCCGGGCCAAGCUGAGCAUGGGCAACGACUGGACGUCACGCUAAAAAAAAAAAAACACCACAAAACAAACCCUGUAGAUCAGAGCUAUCCAGCACCUCCCACUCUCUCUUACUGCUGUAUCCAAGGUGAUUAGUGCAACAGUGCACACACACACACACACACACACACACACCUUGGACGCCGUUCCCACCCUUCUCUCUCUGCGUGACAGUAAAACUGAGGAUUCUCUGCAAGAGACAAAGCAAGCAACCUCUGUUUCUUUUAUAAGUCAUAUUCUUCUGUGUUUGGAUCUUUGGGUGGAGUGAGAUGCUGGGAGGUGGACGGAUGCAUGGACAUAUAAAGGACACAGCCACUCUAGGCUCUGCUUUAAAACAGAGAAGGAGGCAGCCAGAGAGGCUCCUCUGUCAGAAUCAGAAUUUGACUGUGAACAUUGUAAUAUUAUUGUUUUAUUAUUGCCUCCUUUUGAAACUGGAACUUUGAGGCAAUAAAAGGAGCAUUAAAAGCUUUAGAACAGGGGUUUGGGCUGUAGUUUAAAGGGGGUGUAGAGGAUGAUGCCCCCACCUGGAGUUUAGCUUCAUCAUGCUUCAUGGAUGUAAUCAUUUUCAUCAGCAGGGAAGCCAAAGGAACUGAUAAUCCAGUUGGAUCACAUUGGGCUCAGCAGCCAAAUCAUACCAAGCGAACAGGCUUUAUAUAGACCCCAAGAUCCAAAUCCCUGCUUUAGAAUGUGUGGUUUCCAUCUUAGUUUUUGUAUAUUUCUACAGUAUUUGUAUCGUAGUGUUGUAUUUGGCCACCUCUCGUUUUUAUUAUGGGUGUCUCUGUGGGGCCAGAUUGAAACAUUUUGAAAAUGCCAGUCUAAACAUUCCCCCCCGAUCACGUUCAGGAAGGACACGCUUCCCAAAUAAUAGCCUUGUUUCUACCUUCAAAUGACCCGAGCCAUUCCAUUCAGAAAACCCGCGACAACAAACCGCAAUUCUUCAAAAUGAAAUGUGUGAAUUCUCCCUCUCUGUACUCGCCCGCAAUACAGUAGCCAACCGUCUUCGUCUUUUCACUAAGCUUCACCCGACCUCGGCUCUUCCAGAAGGGAUCAGUCGUACUUCAUCAUCUCAAAAAUCACCAGAGUUGAAGGUGAAGUGGAGCGAUGUUCAUCCAGGAAGAAUAUCAUUUUAUUGACUGCAGCAGAGACAAAAUGGUGCCAGACUCUUCAUCUGGACCUACGAGGAAUGUCUUUGAUACCUUGCCUCACUUCAUAACUUCAUUCACAGCUGUGUAUGUGCGUGCGUGUGUGUGUGUUUGUGUGGUGCUACUGUUCACACCGAAUGUUAGCAAUAGUAAUGAUUCAUUUUAAAGCCUUAAUUCUAUAGCCUUAAUGCAUUUUCUUUGUCGAUAUCUUGUUUUCAUUUAAUAACUGUUAGCCCAUAUCAAGGAAUCUAAAAAAACAGUAAUAUAUUCAUCCACUGUUAAGAUGAACAGAUUGUGUUGUACAGCAUCUGAUGAGUUCGAGUGAAUUAUGUGAUGUGGAUACGUUAAGUACGUACGUGUGAGAGGAACUCGCUAAUAACUGUACAUAAUGGUACACAUUACGAAAGUCAGAGCAUGUUAAAGUAGCACUUUUCUGUUGUUUUUUUUGGUUUUUCAGAAAGCACACUGCAAAAUUCUUGGAGGGAUAAAGGCCCUAAUCAGGGAUUUGAUAGUCAUAUUGAGCUCGCAGAGAUGUUAAACCACUCAAGUGAACACCCUGUUGCAGCUAGAGGCUCUGUACCAAUCUGAUCAGCACGGGGAAGGAUUACGAAACAAACUGGGUUUGUUUUUUUUGUUUUUUAUAGGAAAGAGUUGUCGAUCCAUUACCAAUAUCUCAAUACAAAGACCAUUCUGAUGCCAAAAUUGGUUGGAGACCAAUUUAUAAUUGAAGUGUUUUAGUAACUCUGUAGAUUUGUGUCUGUUUGAAUCAUGACCAUGUGCUUUAAAAUGAAGAGGCGACUGUAAAAGCUUACGCAAUUCUUUGUUCUUCUAUGUGUAAAAAAAAAAAAAA